AUGGUAGGCUCUGCCAGACAGCUAUCCAAACAAUUCAAGCUUCGAGCUGUGACAUGCAAUCUCUCAAAGCCUGCUGCCCAAGCCUUGCAGGGGCGAGGAGUUGAGGCCGUCAAAGGAGACCUGUAUGACAAAGAAUUACUCAAGGAUGCUCUCAGAGAUGCACACACUGUUUUUGGGCCCACUUUCACGAGUUUUGACGACAGUCUCUAUGCUAAAGAAAUCACUCAAGGCAAGCAUCUAGCAGGCGCAGCCCUCGACGCAGGUGUCCAGUAUAUCAUAUUCACCACUUUAUGCCACGCAGGUAAUGUCUGCAAUGGUAAAUAUCAAGAUUUGGACCUCUUCAACGUCAAGGCCGACAUCGAGAAAUACAUUCGCUCUCUCUCCAUCAAGAGUGCCUUUUUCGCACCAAGCAUGUUUUAUCAAGACUUCUACAUGUUUUAUUUGAGUCCUCACCCCCAAGACGAUGGAACUUUUGCGAUAUUCGACGUAGUCUCUCCUCAGAGCGUGUUUCCGUUUUUCGAUGUAGGCGACACGGGCAAGUUUGUGGGCGCAGUGUGCAGUAGCAGAGCUCCAUACAUUUGA